AUGAUCACUAAUAAUCAAGAAGUUGAUACGAAUUUAAAUCAAAAAAUUGCAUCAAAAUUUAAUACUAGACAAUAUAAUUUAUGUAUAAACUAUUCGUAUUUACGACACCUUAACCCUGUCAUACAAAAAAGAUUUAAGUCCAAAAAGCAGACUACAAAACAAGUAGAUUACGACAACGACGAGGAUGAAGAGGAAUCUGUGGAAGUCGAUGAAUAUUUGCAGACCGACAAAUCGAAAGUAAUUAAUACUACAGUAACAUCCCUUCGAGUAGAUGUUAUUGUCAAAGCAGCAUUGAAAAUGUCACGCAUGAAGAUAGAUAAAGCAUUUUAUAACAGUAAUAUCCGUAUCAAUGGCGAGAGAUGUUUGAAGAAGGGUUCACAGGUUGAAGUUGAUGAUGAGAUUGACAUAGUUGUUGGCAGAAGUCCUAAUAAUCCUGGUUUCCUCAUAGUACAUCGUUGUAUUGUACUAUCAGCCAGUCCAGAUGAGGAUACAAUUAAAGUAAAAUUACUUAGCAAUAAGUCUUUAUUAAUUGAAGAUUAUAAUGAUCCAUGGAAUGGUGUAGCAAAUUAAUAUCUUGAGCAAU